AUGUCAUCCCCUGUUAGACCCCGGCGCGCAACAAGGCGCACCGCCAUUGUUGAAUCUGACGACGAAGAGGAUGUUUCCAACCGCUCCAGAGUCCAAGAUGAAGAAGAGGACUUUGAACCAGAGCCCCAGCCAGCCAGAAGAACAACCAGAAGUGGUCGCAAGUCAACAACGCCAGCGCCUACUCCCGCUGCUGCCCCUAGACCUCGAGGUCGUCCCAAAAAGGCUCCCACUCCUACCACUGCGACAGAGUCCAGCGCGGUCUUCGAUGCCGACACAACAAUCAAGACGGAGCCCAUGUCAUCUUCGCCAGCCAGGCCUUCGCCUCGAAAUCGCAAGAGCACGGCUAGAAGCUCCAUUUCAUCAGUCCCUGAGCUGCCUCCUACACCGCAAGCGAAACCCCCAAAAUCUCCAGAGUCUUCUCAAAAGCCAAUGGCUUCUAUAGCCGACAUCACCGAUGCCAGUAUGAAUGCUUCAAACGUCGACGAUACCCAGGCUACUAUUAAGCCGAUCAAGCCCAUGAGUACCAUCAUGGAAAAGCCUAUGGAUAUUGUCUUAAAGUCACGGACAAUGGCCAUCCCAGUUGCUGAAGACACUACACCAAAGUCAAGAAUUGUCUUGACACAUCUUAUUCUCAACAACUUCAAGAGUUAUGCUGGCAGACAAGAAGUUGGUCCUUUCCAUGCGUCUUUCUCGUCUGUUGUGGGACCCAAUGGUUCUGGAAAGUCUAAUGUUAUCGACUCCCUACUCUUUGUCUUCGGUUUUCGAGCUAGCAAAAUGCGACAGGGCAAGAUCUCUGCUCUGAUUCACAACUCGGCUCAAUAUCCAAACUUGGACCAUUGUGAGGUCGCUGUCUAUUUUCAGGAGGUUAUGGACCAGCCUGGUGGCGGCCACGAGGUUAUUCCCAACUCCGAACUCAUUAUUUCACGAAAAGCUUUCAAGAAUAACUCGAGCAAAUACUAUAUCAAUGGAAAAGAAUCCAACUUCACAACAGUCACGACACUCCUCCGCGAUCGGGGCGUCGAUCUUGAUCACAAGCGUUUCCUGAUUCUCCAGGGUGAGGUCGAGUCCAUUGCUCAAAUGAAGGCCAAGGCCGGCAACGAACACGAAGAUGGUCUGCUCGAGUAUCUCGAGGACAUUAUCGGGACUUCCAAGUACAAGACUCCCAUCGAAGAGUCUGCCGCCGAGGUCGAGGCUCUUAACGAUGUGUGUAUGGAAAAGAGCGGCCGUGUUCAGCACGUUGAGAAAGAGAAGAACAGCCUCGAGGAUAAGAAAGACAAGGCCAUCGCCUACAUCCGGGACGAAAAUGAGUUGGCGAUGAAGCAGUCUGCCCUAUACCAGCUCUUCAUCCACAAGUGCAACGAGAAUCUGACUGUUACUGAAGAGGCAAUCACUCAGAUGCAAGCGCAGCUGGAUGCUGAGCUCGAAAAGCACCACGGCAGCGAGCAAAUUAUCAAGAGUCUCAAAGAGGAUUACGAUGUGGGUUCUAAGGAAUUUGAGAUCCAAUCAAAGUCGACGCAAGCUUUAGUCAAGGAGAUGGCCAAGUUCGAGCAGGAGCGUGUAAAGUUUGACGAAAAGCGAAAGUUCCUAGACGACAAGCGCAAGAAGCUCGAGAAGACGAUCGCUAACGCCGAAGCGACAUCAGUCGAAGCUGAUGAGACUAUCGAGCAAUGUGGUCUGGAGAUCGAUACCCGAACCCAGGAAAUCGCUGAGCUCGAGGAACAAGUUCAAACUGCUGAAGCUGAGUUGGCCGAGAUCAGAGACAGCCUCAAAGGCAAGACACAAGCCUUCUCUGACCAAAUCGCCGCCAAGCAAAAGUCUCUCGAGCCCUGGAAUGAGAAAAUCAACCAGAAGCAAUCGGCUGUUGCAGUCGCUGAGAGUGAACUCAACAUUCUCCAAGAGAAAGCCAAUGCUGGCGCCGUGGCUCUAGAGGACCUUCAGUCAAAGAUCGCAUCCAUUGAGGAGAACAAGUCUGCUAAGCGGUCCGAGCUCAAGUCUUGCCAGGCUGAGAAGGCCGAACUUCUUAAGGAGGCCGACAACAUGAAAUCUGAAUUGUCAGUUCUUGCCGAGCAGGAGCCCAAGAUUCGUUCAAAGAUCUCCAAUGCCCGUCAAAAGGCCGAUGAGGCGCGCUCAAGUUUGUCUAACACACAGGCCAGAGGCAACGUGCUUUCUGCUUUGAUGCGCAUGAAGGAAUCGGGUCGAAUUGAUGGCUUCCAUGGUCGACUUGGUAAUCUUGGUGCGAUUGACCCAAAGUACGAUGUGGCCAUAUCGACAGCAUGCGGUGCCCUGGAUAACUUUGUCACUGAAACUGUCGAGGCCGGUCAGCAAUGUAUCGAGUACCUUCGAAAGAACAACGUCGGACGAGGUAACUUCAUCUGUUUGGACAAGCUGAGACGACGAGAUUUGUCGCCAAUCCAAACUCCUGAGAACGCUCCUCGACUGUUCGAUCUCGUUACUGCUAAGGAGGACAAGUUCCGACCUGCCUUCUAUCACGCUAUGCAAGACACCCUUGUCGCUGCAGACCUUGCUCAAGCAAACAGGAUUGCGUACGGCGCCAAGCGCUGGCGAGUUGUCACUCUCGACGGUGAACUCAUUGACAAGUCUGGUACCAUGUCUGGUGGUGGUUCAACCGUCAAACGAGGUCUCAUGUCUUCCAAGCUUGUCUCGGACGUCAGCAGGGAACAGGUUGCCAAGUACGAGAGCGACCGGGAUGGCUGGGAGACCAAGUUCCAGGAGUUCCAGGAAUACCAACGAGAAUGUGAGACUCGAUUGAAGGAGCUGAACGAGAAAAUUCCCCAACUCGAUACCAGGAUGCAGAAGAUUGGCCUUGAGAUUGAGAGUGCUGAGAAGAACAUCGCCGAUAUGCAGCGACGUAUCAAGGAGGUUAGCAAGGAACAUCAGCCCUCUGCUACUGAUAACAGCCGUAUCGCUGCUCUGCAAAAGGAGAUCGCCAAGCUCAAUAGGGACAUUGAGAGACUCCAUGGCGAGACUUCAAGUGUGGAAGAAGAGAUCAAGGCUCUGCAAGACAAGAUCAUGGAAGUUGGUGGCGAGAAGCUCCGUGCACAAAGGGCCAAGGUCGAUUCCAUCAAGGAGGAAAUCUCUUCAAACAAUGAGGAGAUUUCCAACGCUGAGGUCCGCAAGGUCAAGGCUGAGAAGCAGAAGAUCAAGCUCGAGAAGGACCAUGCCAAGUCCUCCAAGGAACUUGCAGCUGCUUCUCGUGACCUUGAGAAGCUUGAAGACGACAUCAACAACCAAGGCGAGAGAGCUGAAGAGCUUCAAGCACAAGUCGCCGCGGCUGAGGAAGGGUUGGCUGCCAAGAAGAAGGAACUCAAGGCACUCAAGAGUGAACUCGAUGACAAGACAGACGAACUCAACGAGACCAGAGCAGUUGAGAUCGAGAUGCGCAACAAGCUUGAGGAGAACCAGAAAGCCCUCACCGAAAACCAAGCACGACUUCGACACUGGAAUGAUAAGCUUUCUAAGAUCGUUCUGCAAAACAUUGACGACCUUGUUGGUGGUUCAGCCAACAGCCAGCCUAAGCGUCGAUCGCAACCAAAGCCUGAACAGAGUGACGAUGGCGAUGUCGAAAUGGACGAUGCUCCUCAAGAUGAUGUUGACAUGACAGACGCUCCCGCGGAAGAGGAAGAGGAAGAGGGUGAAGAGGAGGAAGAGGAGGAAGGAGAGGAUGAAGAAAGGGAGCAUGUCAAUGGACAGCCUAACGAGCUUCCAAGAUACACGCCUGAUGAGCUUGCCGAUAUGAAUGAGAGGACACUAAAGGGUGAAAUUGCGGCUCUGGAAGAAAAGACGCAGAACGUCAACGUUGAUCUUGGUGUCCUUGCGGAGUACCGAAGGAGAGUGGAGGAGCAUGCAGCCCGAGCCUCCGAUCUUCAAUCUGCUGUUGAACAGCGAGACUUUGCCAAGAAACGAUGCGAUGACCUGCGUCGCCUGCGUUUGGAAGGUUUCAUGGAAGGCUUCAGCGCUAUCUCCCUUCGACUCAAGGAAAUGUAUCAGAUGAUCACCAUGGGAGGAAACGCGGAGCUGGAACUCGUCGACAGUCUGGAUCCUUUCAGCGAAGGUAUCUUGUUCAGUGUCAUGCCACCCAAGAAGAGUUGGAAGAAUAUUAGCAACCUGUCAGGUGGUGAGAAGACGCUCAGUAGUUUGGCUCUUGUUUUCGCCCUGCAUCACUACAAGCCGACUCCUCUGUAUGUCAUGGACGAGAUCGAUGCCGCGUUAGAUUUCAGAAACGUCUCGAUCGUCGCAAACUACAUCAAGGAGCGUACCAAAAACGCCCAGUUCAUUGUUAUCUCGCUGCGCAACAACAUGUUUGAGCUCGCGGCGCGGCUGGUGGGAGUGUACAAGGUCAAUCAUAUGACCAAGAGUGUUACGAUUGAGAACAAGGACUUUAUCGUGAGACCGCAAGGGCAACAGCAGGCAUCGCAACGAACCCAGGGAGGCAACAAUACCACGAUAUUGCCCUUUCGACUCAACCUGAAGUUGUCCUCCCCAUACCGCCGCUCGUAUCACACUUGCGUCCCACGAUCCAGGAACUCAACUCCUGUGUGUCACCUCACCAAGCGCGUUCUGACCAGGAUCUGGGACAUUGAGGAGCCCUUCAAGCCACUCGCCUUCGACCAGACUCGCGAAUCCUGGUGCUUCUUUGACACCAUGCAGAUACCCGCUCGAUUUGGCAGACGCACACGCUGUGGUACUCACCAGGGGGCAGAAGUGCCGAGUGGUUCUUGUUUCUCUUCCUUCUCGGCUCCAUAUAGGCAGGGCUCGGAAGAUCGUGUGCCUUGUCAAGCUGUUCUCUUGAAGCCUAAGAUGCAAGAAGAUGAUAUUCUAGAGGAAGAUGUCCUGUCUGCCAUAGGUACAUCAAGCGAUUCAUCCAGGGCGACGACUCGAGAGGAUUCGUUCACUGUUGAAUAUUCGGAUACUUGGACUACUGAUGGGGAGACAUCAGCAUCUGUGGGACAGCCUGCUUCAGGGACCUAUCCUGAAAUGACAACGACUGAGGCGAAGACGACAUCUGGAUCACGGAACCAGACUCGGUCCGUUCUUUCAUCUUCCGUAGAGACUACGAAAGAGGCUUCGAGGACAGGUCCAUUUACGAACUCAAGCAGUCUUGCCACAGAGAUUUUCGGCGAGACGUCUUCGAAGCCUGCCGAUUCAAGGAACCUCACUACUCCUGGAUCUCCUUCAAAUACUCAUGGUCCCAUCUCAGCAUCGUCCUCUCUGUUCCAAAACCAAACUUCUGGUACACGGCCUACGUCUUCUUUUGUCCAAUCUGGUAACCAGACACAAUCACGACAGUCCAGCACGGAUGUAACGCCUCAACCUUCAAGCACGAGUACUCCUGAACCCGAGAUGACGCGAUCUAGGACCACAAGCGGUUCGUUACCAUGGUCUAUCCCUGGAAACACGACGUCGAGUCCUUCAGGAAGUGGCACACGUCCAGCCGAAUCAACCUCCACAAGGUGGAAUUCGAGCUUGACUACUCAGAGUAUCAGUAUCACUGGAACGGGACGACAGUUUCCGAGUGCACCAUUGCCAACAACUCCAAUGACCACUAACUCGACAAUGUUGACAAGCCCAAGUGCUGGUCCAGGAUGGAAUUCAACGGCUCCCCCAUCUUCGAGUAAUGUUCCUGUGCCGGCUGUCAGUAUAACCAAUGGGACGCCUACUCCUUUUCCAACCCUAUCACUUCCAACAACCUCGGCGCUCACGAAUUCCGAAGUUCUUUCGAGCGGCAGUACAGCUUCAGGCUGGAAUGGCACCUCUUCACGGGGCAAUGGCUCGGUGCCGACUAUCAGUCUAUCGAGUGGCACUUUCAUGUCCUUUCCAACAUUAUCAUUGCCGAGUCGGUCAUCCUCGGCAGAGGUAACCCCAGGUACAAGCUCUGCGCCUAGCUGGAACAGCACUUCUUUGCCUUCCAGCAGCAAUGUAUCUGUGCCGACCAGCAGCACAUCCCGAUCUGGAACUUUCGUCUCGACUCCGACUCCAACUUGGCCUUUCACAAGUCAAUCGUCUAUAGAAAGCACUUCUCGCCGUGGUAGUUCCAUACCUGGCUGGAACAGCACUGCUUCUCCAUCAGGUGUGAAUACCACACUACCGACGAUUAGUAUCUCUCGGACUGGAACUCCCGUACCAUUUUCAACCGUAUCACUUCCCAGUAACACAGUUCCCACUUCUGAAGAGGUGACGAGCUCGACAUUAAGUAACUCUGUAGCUCCUAGCUGGAAUGGUACCGUCCCUCCGCCGACGGGCAAUGCUUCUGUGCCGACAAUCAGUCUGACCCAAACGGAGAUUCCAUUGCCUUUCCCGACGACUCCAGCGCCCGCCAGAUCUGUUCCGACCCUUUCUGGGAACAUUUCCACAUCAACUCGAAAUGGGAGUGUGGUGUCGGGCUGGAAUACCACAUCUCGAGUAUCUGAGAGUAUUGGUACAGGCACAGCACCUGGUUCAUUUGGGCCAGGAUCAUCUGCAUCUCUUCCCACAGACUCCAGUUUGUCUCCCAGCACGACCCAAAGCAGCGAUAUUGGGUGGAACUUUACAUCAUCUGUUUCAGGCGUCGUCUCUCUACCGACUAUCAGUGUGCCAACCUCGGAGAUCUCAAGUCUGCCUUUGCCGACAGACUCUUUCGAAUCCCCCACGAGUACCGAAAGCAGCAGUGUCGUCUCCGGCGGCAAUAGCACCGCUUCUGUGACAGGUAGUACCGAAGCCGUUACAUCCUUCUCGAGUCCUGUGCCCACAGCCUCGGCACCCACUGGUGACUCCAGCGGUUCCGCGUCUGCUGGUAACGCAACGACAACUAGAGCUCCCGAAUUUCCCGCAGCCAACUUUACGCAUGUUACACGCACCGCCGCUCUCUCAGAAGAAACUUGCUAUACUCUUCCCGAUGAUCCGGAGGGCGACGCAACCCGUCGGGCGUUGUUAUUUAACUCCAGACUUCGGGAAGACAAUGUCUCGAUUCCCAUACCAUAUAUAGAGUCUGUUGAGUUCGAAAGCGGCGGAGUCAAUCCACUGUAUCUCACGGUCCGCGAUGAAGAGGGCGGGACGUACUUUGUCGACGUCUCCCAUCGUGGGCGGCUCUCUGUCGUGGAUCCUGCUGGGUUUCUGGUGACACUUGACGCUAAGGGCAUUCACUUCUCGGGAAGUAACUGUACGUACGACAUAUCCAUCACGAUCGAUGACAUGUACGAGCAGAUAACCGAGCUCGCUGGAGUACAGUGCGCUGCCCUCAAGAGGCAGAAGCGCGCCGACGAUCUAGAUUUCAGCCAGACUCUGUACCUGCAUGACCAAUGCGGCAAUGUCGUCGACAAAUCAUUGAGACAGUACCCUCAGCUUUUGGUAGGUGACACAGUCUGUGCGGAAGCCACUGUUGAUGAAGAUACCGGGCGCUGGGAUUUCGACUGCACGUUUCCUGGUUCUCAAUCUGGCUCUAUGAGAUGCCAGGUAGCUGUCAAGAACAAAAUCAUCGACUUCAUCGCCACAGAUCCAUUUGGAGGUUCAUGCCCAGACUUGUCUACAGUGGCCACCACGUUGGAGGAGUCGGGACAAGACAUUGUAGAUCCAUCAGAGCUUCGAAAUGAUCUCACCAAUCGUGGUCUACGGACUGACAGGGCGAGACAAGAGGCCGACGAAGCUGUUGCUGCGUACACUCGCCUCUGGCAAGCUCUCGGGGCAUUCUUCACCAAAGACGCCGAGUCAUCCAAGGGCUCUUUGGAAAAGUACAUUGACAUGUACAAUUCGCACCGUAGUUUCGAAAACGAUAUCUGCCAAGCUCUUCAUGAAGGCGACAUUCCUCUCAAUUUGACGCUCAUCGCUGGUGCGGCCCGAAUACCCGCCAUCACUACCCUCAACUGGGCACCUGAAUCAACGAGGCCCUACAACAUCACCGUGCAAGAUUCCACACGGAUUGCAUGCUGUCCUGACGCUCAAGUUGCAGAAGGUGAAGGUGAUACAUGCGCGUAUCCCCGAGAAGCCAUCAUCCCAGGAACGGGGUGUGUCUGUGGCACAAGCGCUGAAGGCAUAGGUAUUGCGUUUGAAUGGACUGAAUGUGGAAAUUUCGCAGGUAGCUGUGAGGCGGAUGCGGAUUGCGGUGAUGGAUAUUUGUGCUUGACAGGAAGUUGCUGCGGUGGAGGAGUUUGUGUUGAUGCGUAUGCUUGUUCAGAGAAUGGGACUGCAUUGAUUCUAUCCGAUGGCGGGUUUUAG